CGACUCUCCUACCCGCCAUCCUCUCCUGCCCCUCUCCUCCUCUUCCUCUCCCCCCACCCGCUCCCCUCGCCCACCGACUUCUCCCACGGCCCCCUCCUCGGCCUCCAAGAUAGAUUCCCUCAGGAGCAAGGUUGACCUGCUCAAGCUGCCGCUGGCCCUCUCCACCAAGUCCAUCUCCGAGCGCAAGAGCCAGCUGGGCGGCGUCGGCAAGCCGUGCGGCACGGGCGGAGGAGGAGGAGGAGGAAGCGGAGCUCGCAAAGCCCGCUCACCGCCCACCCGAGAAAUGGACAACGAAUCGCAGUACUCGGGUUACUCGUACAAGUCGUCCCACUCCCGAAGCUCACGCAAGCACAGAGAUCGGCGGGACCGACAUCGCUCCAAAAGCAGAGACGGCAGCAGCCGCGGAGACAAGUCGGUGACGAUUCAGACGCCCGGAGAGCCACUGCUCGAUGCAGAAUCCACUCGCGGAGACGACCGGGACGACAACUGGGGGGAGACCACCACCGUGGUCACGGGGACUUCAGAGCACAGUAUCUCCAAUGAGGACCUGACCCGAGUCACCAAGGACUUGGAGGAGUCAACGCCUCUGGAGUGCAAACGCUUCCUGGGCCCCGCAUUGGGCGGCUGCCUGAGUUUCUUCGCGCUGGUGACGCCGCUGGCCUUCCUGGUGCUGCCGCAGGCGCUGUGGCGCGACUCCCUGGAGCCGUGCGGCACGCCCUGCGAGGGCCUCUACGUGUCGCUAGCAUUCAAGCUGCUGGUGCUUCUCAUUUCCUCGUGGGCACUCUUCCUACGGCCCCCGCGCGCCACCCUGCCGCGCUUCUUUGUCUUCCGCUGCCUGCUCAUGGUGCUGGUCUUCCUCUUCGUGGCGUCCUACUGGCUCUUUUACGGCGUGCGCGUGCUCGAGCCUCGUGAGCGCGACUACCGGGGAAUCGUGGAGUACGCCGCCUCCCUGGUGGACGCGCUGCUCUUCAUCCAGUACCUCGCGCUGGUGCUGCUGGAGGUGCGCCACCUGCAGCCCGCUUUCUGCCUCAAAGUGGUGCGCAGCACGGACGGCGCCAGUCGCUUCUACAGCGUGGGCCACCUCAGUAUCCAGCGGGCUGCCGUUUGGGUGUUGGAUCACUACUACAAUGACUUCCCCGUCUACAAUCCCGCCCUGGUCAACCUGCCCAAAUCCAUCCUGUCCAAGAAGAUGACAGGCUUCAAAGUUUACUCGCUGGACGAAAACCCUGCCAAUAAUUCGACGGGCCAAUCCCGCGCGAUGAUCGCUGCCGCCGCCAGGAGGCGAGACAAUUCCCACAACGAGUUUUACUACGAGGAGGCCGAGAUGGACCGCAGGAUCCGCAAACGCAAGGCCAGGCUGGUGGUGGCAGUCGAGGAGGCCUUCACGCAUAUCAAACGCCUCCAUGAGGAGGAGGUGGCAUUGACCUCGUCCCCCAAGCACCCCCGCGAGGUGAUGGACCCCCGCGAGGCGGCGCAGGCCAUUUUCGCCCCCAUGGCGCGGGCCAUGCAGAAAUACCUGAGGACCACGCGGCAGCAGGCCUUCCACAGCAUGGAGAGCAUCCUUACGCAUCUGCAGUUCUGCAUCACGCACAACAUGACGCCCAAGGCCUUCCUGGAGCGUUACCUGACCCCGGGCCCUACCAUGCAGUACCAGCAGCACAACGGCAGGGGGCGCCAGUGGACGCUGGUGAGCGAGGAGCCUGUGACGGCAGCCCUGCGCCAAGGCUUGGUCUUCUCCGUGCGCCGCCUCGACUUCUCCCUGGUGGUCACCGUCACGCCGCUGCCCUUCUUGCGCCUCAGCGAGGAGUUCGUGGACCCCAAGAGCCACAAGUUUGUCAUGCGGCUCCAGUCAGAGACUUCCGUGUGAAGGCCACAAACAAAAAAAAGAAAAACAAAAAAACUCAAAUCAGCUCCUGAUGCCUUUGACUCGUCUUAUCCGUGUUGUUGUUCCAACACACUGUUCAAAAGAAGAAAAAAAAACAUUUUUUUGCAAAGGCGCCUUUUGUUGUUGAAACCACUGAACUCAGUUAUCAUGACGACAAAGUUGCGUCCUCUCAUCUCAAAAACUGUGACUGCAACACGCCACCACUGUCCCCCCGCAGAUGGUUCCUUACCGUUUUCAAACACCUUUUUAGUGUUUUUAUACAAAGCACGAUUUAGGCCCACACUGAUUUUAAAAAAAAAUCAUUAACCUAAAUACUAGCAUUAGUCAUUUUAAAAAAAUGAGAACAACUAAUUCACCAAACAAGACGAUGCAAAUGAAAAAAAAUUUUUAGCAGCCACGUUGUUAGUUUUUAUUGAUAUUUUGAAAGUAAAUUAAAGAUGACUUUGGCAAUUAUGUUAUUAGGCUAACGAAAUGAUACUUAUACUAAAAGAUUUUUAUAUUUUUUUAAAUCGGAAGCUUAAGAGAAUGAAGUUACAUUUUUAUGGAGGAAGUAAUUUGGGGGGUGCAUUAGUCAAAACCCCUGCCAGCCCCCAAAAAUAUUUGACUAAUAUGAGACUAAAGUUGUAUUUUAGGGCAAAAGAACUGUCGCCUCGAUUAAUUACCCUUGUCAAAUGACCAAC